CUGACUUUGUUAUCUCUCAUUUAACUUAUAUAGCUUUCCCUGUACAUUGUUGAGACUCAAGAAAUGAAAUAACAAACAUCUUUUUCUCCAUAUCUUCUCUUCUAUGAAUUCUUACUAUUAUUUCUAUACAAGAUCUCAUUAUCUUUUCUACAUCCAACGCAGAUAACCUGACUUGUAUCAUUGGUAUCAGAGACGUUGAUCCAAUUACUGCUAAUUUCGAUCCCUGCGAGAUUGAAAGCUUCGUAAACAAUCGGAAGUAGAUAGUAAGGAAUGGUGUUGACUCGAAAUUCUAAUUUUGAAAUGGACGAAGCAUUGAAGAACAUGCAAUUGGAGUUCGAUCAGAAGCUUGAACAUCAAAAUAAACUAAUGAUGGACAUGAUGGGCAACAUCAUGAAGAAAGUAGUGGGAUUACAGAAAAACAAGAAAGGCGGAAGUGAGGAGGAAACAGACGAAGAUGAAGUAGGAAGUGAGGAGGAGACUUCUUCGUAUGAGGAGGAGGAUGGCGCGAUUGGCAAAUCUAGUUCAGCUGUUUUAAAUAACUUUAGAUUCAGUCCGAAAGUGGAAUUUCCUGCUUUUGAAGGACAAAAUGCUAAAGCGUGGGUUCAGAAAUGUGAGAGGUAAUGCUUUGCUGAUGAUAUUGAUUUCGAGAGAGCUUCCGCUAGAGAAAAUGCGUUUGAAAACCACCAUCAGAAAAAGCCUCAAAUACUGUCUA